AUGUGUGAAACCUAUUAUGCAUAUUUGUCUACUAACAAAUAUGGCCUAACAUAUUUAGAUUCAGUAAAAUGCAAGGCUAGAAACUUUGAUCUAAUAAAAGCAACUAAAAAACAAGAAGAAAGAAUCCAUUUGGCUUUAAAAAGAUUUAAAAAAAUCUCAAAAGAAAAAGGAUAUCAUACUGUAGUGAAAGAAGCAGUUGAUGCUUGUAAAUUUAAUGAUACUUUACUGAAACUAUUCCUUAACAAACUAAAUCCAGAAGUUCUAAUCUCAGGUAUUGUGUUUGUAAAGAUAAAUAAUCAGCAAAAUUCUCAUGUAAUAUUUGAAGGUAGAGUUAGAGGAAGCAAUUUUUUAAUGUGUCAUUUAACUCAUUCUUCAAUUAACAAAGCAUUUAAACUUAUUGGUUAUAAAAUCAAACUUUAUGAUGAUGAUGUCAAGAUUAUUGCUGUCAAAGUAACUAAAGAAGCCAUUUUUCUAGAAGUAAAAGAAAACGUAGAGGGAGAAUUGAUUUAUUAUAAACUUGAAUAUGAGAAUAAUAUAGUUCUAUUCUUACAGUAA